AUGAACACUCUAAACGAGUCUCUUUCUCCCCUCGCAGACGCUUCUGAUACCCCUGGUCAAGACUUUAAUCAGCUUGAGUUUUUUCUUCUCGAGUCCGACAGUUCCUGCUUCACGAGUGUCCGGGGUUUCCGAAAAACUGUAUACCUCCACCGAACAGCACUUUUACAAAAUAAAACGUCAAAACAAUUCCUCGUGUUUACUGAAGUACCUCUGUCUAAUUUUUAUACACUAUCUUCGGAUGACGAAUCAAGACAACGUCGUCUAUAUUACAAUGUUUUGACAAAAACAUUAAUCGUCAAAGUUCUACCUCACCAGGCACACGAAGUAGCGAUUCGAGAUUUUGACAAGUUAGUUGGGAGGGAAAUCACUAGAUUAGGAUUGGAUGAUGAAGUUAUCCCACUUGGUUCUGCAACAACAACAGUAGGAAACUGGAAAAAAGAAGCUGAUUCAAAUUGGGUUUCUAUAACAGAACAUCAUAAUCCAAAGCUUGUUCUCGAAGUUGGACUCUCCCAGUCACAACGACAACUUGACCUUGUCAGUCGUGGGUGGCUUGAGUCUUCUGAUUCAUCUGUUCAAAUAGUGAUCUCAAUCGCGAUUUACCGUGAUGUUCCUAAAAUCCAGAUCAACCGUUGGGAACUUGUGCCAAACCCCAACUACAGCCGAGCAACACACUCAUUAUCCCUCAUAUACUCUCGAACUGCAACUAAACAAAUCUCCCACGCUGGCAACGAGACGGUUUCUACUUCUGGGACCUCGGACCUUGGCCUUGAUUUCCGAAAGGUGACUGGUCGCAGCCAAGGUCCGGAAGCGAACUUCACCUUGAGUGAAGAGGGGCUUCGAAGAUUUGCGGAACGAGUUUGGUUCGUGCAAGAUUUCCUGAGAAAUUUGCUUGAAAUGGGCACUUGA